AUGAAUAUUCCGACCAUGUUUCUCAGCCGCCGCUUCCUCAGUAGUUCUUGCGCUCUCUCGCUCCCUUCUCUUUGUCGCUUCUCCUCCUCUGUUUCUGUCUCCUCCGGUUUACCUCGACCUCCUCGGCGAGACUACAUGGCCAAUAGCGACUGCCGAGCAGUCCCUCUUCGCGACAGAGUGGCUUUCCUAAUCCGCUUAUCAGACCUGGACACUGCGGCAAAGCACGCGCGCCUUGCUCCCUUUGCGGAGAAUGACAAAGAAUACGCCGUGGAUUGGGUCUGCGGCGCAAUCAUCGUCGCCAUGUGCAAAGCCAAGAGGUAUAGAGACGCCCUUGAUCUGAUCCGUUAUUUCUUUAACGAGCACAAGAUGAUCCCACCAAAGGGUUCCUUCAAUCAUGUACUCAAAGGCGUCUUGGACGACUCUUCAAACGCCACAAAGACCCUCCUCAAGGUGAAAAGGUUGGCCCAAGCAGGAAGCUUCGAUGAAGCCAUGGAUUCGGUCAGCGUGAAAGGUUGUAUGAGGCAGAUAAAGCCUUUUGGUAUGUGUCUGGAUGUGUCCAACAGUCUGAUUCGAGAACUUUUGGAUCUCGGGAAGUUCAAAGAGGCCCUCAAACUCUUUGGCGAAAUCAAGAUUAAAGACGACCACAACCGUGCCGCAGUUGCAAGCGCUACAUUCAUGGAGUAUUGGUUCAAGAAAGGUAAGGAGGACGAAGCUAUGGAGUGCUACAAUAACUUACUAGCAACCAAGCUGACAAAAAUUGAAUCGACGGGUUCAAUAGCACUAUUGAAAGUUCUUUUAAAGUAUGACAAGAAAACCCAAGCUUGGGCAUUGUUCCACCAUCUUGUAGAUUCUGAUAGGCAGACAAAAUAUGAAUUUGUGGAUUCAGAUAAAUUAAAUCCAAUAAUGGUGAAUGAGUGUUUCAAGAUGGGUCAGAUUCACGCGGCCAUCCAGACUUUUAAGAUCCCCAUGGCAGACCCAGAUGCUAGUGGUUUGAGAAACAUUAUCACAUGUUUUUGCGAGCUAGGCUUAUUAAAAGAAGCAGACCAUUUCUUUGCAAAAAUGCCGAGAGACUGCACCCCUGACGUUUCAACAUACAAAGCCCUAAUGGAUGCAUAUGUAAAGGCCGGGAGAGUCGACGACAUUCUCCAAAUCUCAAACCACAUGGUCGAUGCAUCUCUCAGCCAAGUUGCUAAGGUCUCUUGCCUCUUCUUUCAGCAGCCUCAGUAA